UCCCAGCACUGAGUUAGUUGUUUCCAAUGAAUGUCGAUACAUUCUUCAGAAACCUUCCAGCUGACGAGUUCCAGAUUUUUGAGACCGAACUACGAGAAGCUCUGAUUCACGUCGCCGCCAAAGCGAAGGACUUGGGACUGCCAGGUGGUCGUUUCCCGCUGCAUGCCUGGAUCGAGCGUCGCCUGGGUGAAGAGAUCGCCGCGCAAAGCGACUCCCGGGGCUAUCUUGAAAUUGCGUUGAUGGCUUCCGGGUGGAGCGGAGGGACGCGAGUGGAUGAGGCCUUCUUCAAUGGCCUGAAAGAGGAUAGCUUUUCCAAGGAAGAGGGAGCGCUGCGCGAAGCGAUCUUCGACUUCCUGGCCUCCUGGCAGUCUCCAAGUUUGGCCACCGCGGAUGAUCUGAGUAAAGAUGCCAAUGUCAGCGCAUGUGUCGAGGCAUUUUUGCCGUCUUCAGUCCCUCUGGGGGAUUGGAUCGAACGACGCAUUGGUGGAGAGAUCGAGCUACAGGAGGGUGUGGUGCAAGUGCUGCCAGAUGCCAGGAAGAUUGUCUCAGACAAGUACCAAGCCUUACUGGCCCAGCGCAAUACGCAGCAGACGGCGACGACCGUGCCGGCAAGGUUUCCUCAACCACCGCUACAGGGCAAGGGCAAGGGCAAGCCUCCAGCGCCUCUACCUGCGGUGGAGAAUAAAGAACAGUGGCUCCAAGCUUUACCACAGAACGAGUUGACAGGUGAGGAGGUGAACCUACGCCAAGUCCUCCUCGACUGGCUGGAUGCCUGGGCGCGAAGGCCCCAAGGGAAGGGGCCGAAGGGUGCACCGCUGCUGGGAGAUGCCAUGAACGAUUCGCGUGUGACGCAGGGUCGCAUGCGACUGCUGCCCCGCAAUGUGUCCCUCAAGGAAUGGAUCGAAGCGCGUAUUGGCGGAGAGUUGGAACUACGAGAAAACCAGCGGGGACAGGUCGAGGUGGUUCGCUCAGGUGGUGAGGCUAAUCAGGAUCCCAACGGCAUUCUGGACUCGUUGCCCGAAGAUGCGCUGAACGAGCAGGAGCUUGAACUUCGGACACUGGUCCUGGGGGCGCUCUCCAGCUCAAGAAAUCGUCUUACGCAACUCAGCCAAAAUCCCGCCGUGAUGGCCGCCAAGCGCAAGUUCCUGCCCGACGAGGUUCCGCUGAGCGAAUGGAUCGAUCGUCGCAUCGGUGGCGAGGUGGAGAUCACGGCUGACAACUGGGUUCGUACACGGAGCAACGGCAAUGCCACGGAGGAGCCUGCACAGGGACCCGCAUCUGGGCCAGGUGGCUUCAAGGGCGAGUCGAAGGGCGAGUCGAAGGGCGAGUCGAAGGGCGAGUCGAAGGGCGAGUCGAAGGGCAAAGGGAAGAAUGGCAAAGGCAAGAGCGACGCAGACUCCUCACGGAACCUGGCUGAGAACUUCUUCAAGAGUUUGCCCGCGAUGAACUUCACCGAAGCCGAGGAAGCGCUGCGUGAUGCGAUCCUGUGCUUUUUGGAGAACUGGGCUGAAGAGGAAGCUCCGACCUUGUCAAAGGCCAUGCUGGACCCGGAAGUGCGACGCUGCAAGUUGGAGGUCUUGCCCAAGGGAAAUGUGGUAUCCCUCAAGGAGUGGAUUGAACGACGUCUGGGAGGUGAGUUGGAAAUUGUGAGGAACGAGACUGGAAAUCUGGUGAUCGGCAUCUGCGGAGAUCCUGAACCUGCCAAAAGAGAGGCUGCUGAUGAUUGGGAGCAGGGCCCAGGCAAGGUUCCUCGCGUGCAAACUGAGUGAUCCGGGGCAGCGGUUGCGGCUGGCGGUCUGGUUGAGAGACGUACAGCGCACCAUGAGAUCCAAAA